CGCCAUAAAAAAAUCCACACAAGAAGAAGAAAAAUUAUGAAUCUUCUUAAAAUAUGUUAAACACAAACCACUCUGAUAACUUUAUGUCUAACCGUAAACUUAAAUUAAGAUAAAAAAGCUAUUUUUUUGCUUUAAUGAACGUUAACGAUAUAGCUGUGGUAACUAGUGGAAACCGUACUACUUCCGCAAAAAUCCUUGCGACACCCUGUCAUAUUCAAACAUGGCUUCGUCUAGGUUAGAAAUAAAUUUUAUCCGAUUAUUGUCCCGCUGCGAAUCUAUAGCUUCGGAGAAGCGAGUGGAAACGGAAUGGAGGUUGGAAAAGUAUGUUGGUGCUCUUGAAGAGAUGUUGGUGGCUUUGAGGAAGAGUCCAAGCAAACCCACAGUAGAGGUGAUGACAGACUACACACGAAAGGUUGACUUCUUGAAAGGACUUCUAGAAGCAGAGAAACUGUCGGGGACAGAGAAAGCCCUGGCCAAUCAAUUCCUAGCUCCUGGUCGCACCCCCACCAUAGCCAAUGAGAGGAUGCCAGCCAGUAAGACAGUCCACAUGCAGACCAAAGCCCGGUGCACAGGGGAGAUGAGGAACGAGCUGUUAGGCACUGGUCUGUCGAACAAAGGAAACUCGGAAACAGACUUGCGAAACAGAAGGGGUUUGGCGCUGGAUGAAAGGCAGUCAGCAGCCGAGUUGGAUGCAGUGCUCCAGCACCACCACAACCUACAGGAGAAGCUGGCUGAAGACAUGCUGAACCUGGCCCGCAACCUGAAGAACAACACGCUGGUGGCCCAGAACAUUAUCAAACAGGACAAUCAGACGCUGACCCAGUCUAUGCGGCAGGCAGACACCAACUUCGAGAAGCUGAAGGUUGAGUCGGAGCGUUUGGAGCAGCACACCAAGAAGUCCGUUAACUGGUCCCUGUGGCUGAUGCUCAUCCUAGUCUCCUUCACCUUCAUCAGUAUGAUCCUCUUCAUCAGGAUCUUCCCCAAGCUCAGAUGAUGAUGAUGAUUCCCACCAGCUGGACAUACCUAGAACAUAGAAGAAGAACUGCUGCACUGCUUGUACAUAUUCACAUAUAGGCCUGGGUGUAUGCAGACCUCCGCCGUGUUAGAAGUUACGCAGUAAGCACAGAUCUAGGAUCAUCCUUCCACAGCUUCCCCAAUCCUAUUAGAUGGAAGAAAUGCACAAUUUACCUUAGAUCACUGUCUAGGGGUAACUUCCUCCUGCUCCUUAUGUGUACAUAAUAUGCACACAGAAAUAGCUAGCGAUUUAGAUCUAUAGAUAUUUAUUUAAGAGUGAGGGACAGUGAGAGGGGCCUAGUCUUAAUCUCAAUCCAGGGAUGUCUGUACGGCAGCAGUACACAGUAGCACGGCCCAGUCUGUACCGUACAGACUACGUUACCAUUGAUUGACUGCAAACAAUAUCAGUAAUCUCAUUGUUCAUCUGUUAGUUUGGAAUAAAUGGAGAUUCAAGGCAUUCUGUCCUAUAUAAGUAACUAAAAUAUUAUUCUUUGGGCCUAAAAGAUCUGAGUAAUUAACCAUUUGAUAAAGGUCAUUGGUCCUAAAAAAUCUGAUUAAUUAACCGUUUGAUAAAGGUCAUUGGUCCUAAAAAAUCUGAUUAAUUAACCGUUUGAUAAAGGUCAUUGGUCCUAAAAAAUCUGAUUUAAUUAACCAUUUGAUAAAGGUCAUUGGUCCUAAAAAAUUUGAUUAAUUAACCAUUUGAUAAAGGUCAUUGGUCCUAAAAAAAAAAAAUCCCUUGCAUCAGUCCCUUUUCAUUGUUAAUUUUCAAUGAGUGUGUGUUGGUAAAUUAGUGUGAAUCUGUCCAUUGUUUUUGUCAGUGUCGACGUGCAUGAAUAGUUGACAGUAGUGGUGAGAGACGGUGAUGCUCGAUUCAUUAUGGUGACCUGAUGGUGAAUAUGAUUGACCAUCCCUUCCUUUCCUGAGAGGGUUACUUCCCAAGCCGUCCCCCUUCGUCUAUCACUGUGGUCUGUGUUAAACUGUGUGAUUAAAUGUUUUUAACUGGA